CUCAAAUCAUUUGAAUCCAAUAUUUCAUACAUCAUUUCUCUCAAUUGAUGACAACAACACAACACAAUGCUUUCGCGAUUGACCGUCCGAAAAUCGCUGCAGAUCCCCCAGCGGGUAUGCGCAGCACAGCGAACUUUCGUCGCUUCGGCGCACCGAUUCGACACCACCAACACCAUCGCCGUCAAAUCCGAAACUACGCCGGAGACCAAGAGCGAAGAGGACUCACUAGGAGUGGUAGAGAAUGAAGAGAGGGGCUUGAAACAAGCGCCGAACCGAAAGGAAAUCUGGUCGAGGAGUCAGAAACCGAGAGCGGCAGCGAUGACAGGCCCGAGAUUCGAACAGACCGAUUUCGCCCUUCAACCUCAAUCUAAAGCAGCCAUCGAGCUGAUCCACAGACAACCGGUUCGAUGGACUCACGACAAGGUGGUGGCAUGCGAUGGAGGAGGUGGCCCGGCUGGACAUCCCAGAAUCUUCAUCAACACAGAUAAACCAGAAAUUGCUGUUUGCGGCUACUGCGGCCUCCCAUUUGCACACGAACAUCACAGAGAACACCUAGAAUCACUCCCAGAGACUUCCUACCCCCUCGCAUAAGCACGAUUCUUUACUCGGUGGAAGCAUAUUAUGAAUUGGCUCUGAACUCGUGGAAUACAAACCCGAACUAUACUUGGUCAUACCUAAACAAGGAGCCAAUCCAGCUGUGUACAUAUUAUUUUGAUUGAUGAUUAAAUACCUAGACAUGGCUAUAUGGAGAAGAUAUUAGUAAAUGUCAAAACGAAGACAUUAUACUCAUUUAUUUCGCUCCUUGUUCAAUGGUUGGGCUUUAGUAAUCGUAUUAUAGAUAUAUCGAGUAGGAUAUACAUAACGGAUUUAUACUUGUAACUUAAAGAUUUGCAUAACAAGUAUAUAUAGUGGGAAGCAUUGGGAGAGACAGGGGACCCCACCAAAGCUGCA